AUACGCCGACGGAAGUUGCUGGAUUUCUUCCGGGUAAGUUCGUGGUCCCACUAAAUUUCACCGUUCAAGAUGGCAGCAGCUAUGGAUGUGGAUACGCCGAGUGGCUCAAACAGUGGAGCGAGCAAGAAGCGAUUUGAAGUAAAGAAGUGGAACGCUGUGGCACUGUGGGCCUGGGACAUUGUGGUGGAUAACUGUGCCAUCUGUCGAAACCACAUCAUGGAUCUCUGUAUAGAGUGCCAGGCCAACCAAGCUUCUGCAACCUCUGAGGAGUGCACUGUUGCCUGGGGUGUCUGCAAUCAUGCCUUCCAUUUCCACUGUAUUUCUCGUUGGCUGAAAACCAGACAGGUGUGCCCUCUGGACAACAGGGAGUGGGAGUUUCAGAAAUAUGGACACUAGCUGUUUUACUGUUGACCUCCUCAUUAGCUUCUACAAGCAACUGUCUCUCUCCUACUUGUAAUCCUAGUUGUUUUUUGCCCAUGUGUUUGUUUUGCUAUGUUGUAAGUAUACAAAUAAACAUGACUGUCACAAAA